AUGGAGGCUGCACUUCCACAGCCUGCGUUUGGCCAACAACCUGGCAGCCUCAGCUUCGGUCAGUACAUGGCCUCCAAAAUCCAAAAGCUCCGAUCGCAGAACGACGGCAUCAAGAAGACGAGUCGAAUCUUUGAUGGCGUUGCGAUUUACGUGAAUGGGCAGACCGAGCCGCGGAAGGAAGUUCUCCGAACGAUGAUCGUCCAGCAUGGCGGGCAGUUUGAAGCGUAUAUGACCAGUAGAGUCACCCACAUGAUUGCAGAGCAGCUGGCCGACUCCAAACUGCGCGAAAUCAUGAGAAUGAAGAAGCCGUUGCCGGUAGUCCAUCCCAAGUGGAUUGUCGACAGCAUCGCGGCAGGAAAGCGCGUUAGGAUGCAUUCGUACAUCUACUCACGCUUCCACGACCCUCUUCAACUCUCGUUUGCGACCUCCAUCCCUCCCGUCCUUCGCCCAAACGAUCACAUGCCAAGUGACGUCAACUCGGCGAUCGAAUCGGCUACGAUCAGCGCGUCCUUGCCCAAGCAAGCGUCCACAAUUGAUGUUAGAACGGCUGUAGCGAACCCACACCGUACACCGAUUCCAAACCGCGUGGAGGCAUCGCAGGCCUCGACGAGAGAAGUGGUCCCAACUGUGGUAAGGCCUCCUGUGACCAAGGACAACGCACCGCAUCCUUUGCAGCACACACCUUCCAUCGUGUCCGACGCAACCGCUUUCUCAUGGCCAAGCGCAAUUCCCAACGAAGUAGUGUCGUCGCAGCCACGACGUGAUGUGCUUCCCGUCGAAACACCCGACGCUGGCUCGCUCCCUCCACCAACUUUCAAUCAAACCUCACCGAUCGCUCGCGCCCGUUCGUGUCGUCCCACAAAUCACGCCAACCACCCGUCUGUAUCAAAAGUUCAGAAAUCGACUCCCCUUUUCACGUCGACCCCUCUCAGUUUCGGGCAGUACAUGAAAUCCAAAAUUGCCAAGUUGCGCCGCCAGAACGAUCAAAUGCAGUCGAAACAAACGAGCCGUGUCUUGGACGGGAUCACGAUUUACGUGAAUGGCCAAACGAAGCCGUCGAAAGACGUGCUCAAGUCGCUCGUGCUGAUGCAUGGCGGGGCGUUUGAAAGUUACUUGACGACCCAAGUGACGCACAUGAUUGCGACUCACGUAGCCACGUCCAAGCGCGUGGAGAUGCAGAGUCGAAAGACGCCCCUGCCGAUCGUGCACCCCCAAUGGAUCGUCGACUGUGCCUCGCAACAGAAGCGCCUUCCUGUGCACUCAUACUUGUCUGAACGAGAUCUAGCGAUGCCAUUGCAACGUCAAGGGGUGUUGGACACCCGAUGCACUCGUUCGAAGCUUGCCUUCCAUCCGUCCUCACCGCGCAGCGCUCAAUUGCAGCCACAAGUUGUGCCAGUCGCGCGAGCACCCCGGGCAUCGCAACGCUGUGCGAAUCAAGUGAAUCUCCGUAUUCAUGUUCCAGAGCAGGACACCGCUGAAGAGAUCAACCUGACGCAGAGAUCCAUUUCGUCGACGUCGACACAAGUCCUGGCAGAGUCACCAACUACGCUUUUAGUCGUGACAACGCCGGCGCAGGUUGAAUCGAUGGAUGAGACCGCCCACGAUGUCAUGGAGCCUUGUUUGUCGCCAACACAAGAAUUAUCCCCUGCCUCCACAAUGAAGUUAUCUCAAAGCUCAACGAAUUCGCAUGGAUCCCUGGACAUUCCAGCCACGCAGUUGCUUUCGUAUUCUCAACGAGAUGACGCACAUGCAUGUCCUCAACCAUCAAGCCCACUGGUCUCUCCGUCCAUAGCCCAAGACAAUGUUGAUUUGAUGGAUGGUCGAAGCAGUGGUGCUAUCGACGAGGAUGGCAUACCAUCAUCGCUCGGAAGGUUGGUCGCAUCGCGGCCACAUCCUCCCAUACCAGAGGCACAGACUACGCCACCACCCUCAUCCCGACCAGCAGCACAGGACCUCCUCGUUCCUUCCUCUGUCGUGGCGGGAACAGCACCGUCGUCGCCACUUCGUACAGCUCUACCGUCCAAGUAUCCCAGCGGCAUUUCCAUUUCCCGACCGAUUAAAUCGACAAUGGACGGUGCAGCAGCGUUCGUUCGGUCGUUCUUUGCCAACUCGCGUCUCCACCAUAUUGGAUCGUGGAAGAGUUAUUACAAAGAGCACAUUGGCGACUUUACCAUCGAAUCACCUGUGGAUACAAAGGACUGUGUGUUUGGAUCGUGCAGCAAAGAAGACCGCGUGAUUCUCCACGUCGACAUGGACUGCUUCUUUGUCUCCGUCAUGAUUCGAAACAUGCCGUCGGUGUACCAGACGCUCCCCGUGGCCGUGGCGCACUCGGGGUAUUCGUCGCUCAAUGCAGUUGGUCCACCUGCCUUCUCGACCCACGACACACAGAAGAAACGCGGCGGCACGUCCGAGAUUUCAUCGUGCAACUACGUCGCUCGAUCGUACGGAUUGAAGGCGGGCAUGUUUAUGGAGACCGCCAAGUCGCGAUGCCCAAACUUGAUUGUGCUCCCGUACAACUUUGUCGAAAUUGAAGCGGUUUCGUGUGAAAUAUACAAGAUCUUCCAUCGAUUUACACCCGCCGUCCAAGCGAUGAGCUGCGACGAAGCGUAUUUGGAAUUCCCCAAGGGCACCGACGGCAUGGGCAUGGCGCGCCAGAUCCGCCGGACUAUACUCAGCGCGACCAAAUGCCACGCCAGCGUCGGUGUGGCGUACAACAUCCUGCUCGCCCGACUCGCGACAAAGCAAGCCAAGCCCAAUGGAGCGUUUGAAAUCACGCCCGACACUGCAUCGAGCUACAUCAACGACUUGCCCGUAUCGGAGCUGCCUGGAGUUGGCCGCGUCAUGCAUGCCAAGUUGGAAGCACUGGGUAUUCAAACGUGUGCUGACCUAAAGGACUGGUCGGAACUGGCGCUGUGUCAGCACUUUGGAGCCAAGACAAGUGACAUGCUCCAGCGGUAUGCGAGGGGCCGGGAUACCCGUCCACUUGAGCUGGCGCCCAUGGUCAAGUCGAUAUCGGCAGACGUAAAUUACGGCGUCCGACUGGCGGACGCAUCGGCAGCGACGGAAUUUAUCCAAGCUCUGAGCGCUGAAGUUCACGACCGUUUGGUGAAACGGGGCUUUUUCACAAGCGCGCUCACUUUGAAGCUCAAGAUUCGACGGCCCGACGCGCCUGUGGAACCAACCAAGUUCAUGGGCCACGGACCAACCGAUGACUGCAGCAAGUCCAUUCGUUUGCAUGGGCCGACACAUGACGCGGCCGUCCUCGAGGCCACGUGCGUCGCAUUGCUCCACGAGUUGAAGGUAGUUCCACAAGAUAUUCGAGGGGCUGGCAUACAAGCCACGCGACUCACUCCUGUGCAACCCCCCGUUCCGGACAAGAUGGAUAUUCCUCAGUACUUUCAAGUCGCGGAAACAACGACCAAAUUAAGUGCAGCUCCAGGAUCCUUCGCGGCACCAUCGAUGCCACCAGAGGCGACGACUCCCCCUCGAACGGCGCCACCUCGUCGUCCGUGGGAAGGAGCCACCGAAACUUCCACAAAAAGGCACAAAGCCCUGCCGUCGAACGGUGUGUGGAACGUCCCCACCAUGUCCCAAAUCGACCAGACCGUGCUGCAAACGUUGCCCGAGGCCAUGCAACACGAGAUUCUCCUCCAAGUGGCGCCGCCGACUGUCCCAACAUCGUACUCUCAAAUCGACCAAAGUGUGCUGCACGCCCUGCCAAAGCCCAUGCGACACGAAAUUCAGCAACAAUACCCCAAGAAAAUGCACUUGCGGCAAAGCGUCGUCUUGGUGCCAAACAAAGGCAAGCAAGCCGUCAAGCCCAAUUCAACCCGAAGUGCAUUACGCCCGAAACAAAAGUUGGCCGAAGUUCCCGAAACAGAACCGAGAGCAUCUCUGGCCGUGCUUCGUUCGCAGUUGGACCCGAGUGUGUGGGCAGCCUUGCCGCCGUCCAUUCAAUGUGAACUCGUGGCUGAGCAAGCUGCCUCGUGUCCACCAAUUUCACCAACCACCGGGACGUGCGAUGGAUUUCUUCCGUCUUCGCGCCAGCCAAACCUCACGUUGGACACAGCUGUGCCAUGGCUGCUGGGGAAAAUACGAGACUUUGGUCUGGCCGAUGUCGGGCCAGUGCUUCGUCGGCUCAAGCGACAGCACGGUUAUGCAAACCCCCACCGGUUCAACGACGUGCUGGCACGGGUCAACCACGCCUUGAAGGAAUCGCACGGGUAUGAACUCGCGAGAGCGGUCGUCGCUCCGUUUCACAUUUGA